CCUGUGAAGUAAGUCAGAAGCAGAAAGAGAAGCCUGACAAGAAGGACACUUAUGUCCACAACAGCAAAAACAUACUUUUCGGCAACAGAAAACACAUGUUGGCUCCUGCUGAUGAUGUCAUGGCGUGGGGGGAGUCAUUUGACCAUCUUCUGAAGUGUAAAACUGGCCAGCUGGUGUUUGAGGACUUCUUGAGGACAGAGUACAGUGAGGAGAACCUUCUUUUUUGGCUGGCCUGUGAGAAGUACAAGAAAAUUACCAGAGCGAGAGAAAUGACCGUUGCUGCCAAAAGGAUUUACACCGAGUUUGUUCAAGUUGGUGCGACUAGACAGAUAAACAUCGACUGUGUGACGAGAGAAGAAAUCAGCGAAAAUAUCUCUCAGCCGGGGCCAAAUUGCUUCGACAGGGCGCAGAAACUGAUAUAUGGCCUGAUGGAAAACGACUGUUAUCCACGAUUUCUGAAAUCAGAAAUCUACCAAGCUCUCCUGGAGCAGGAUGAACAGCAAUGAAAGCAACAUGAAGACAAAAAAAAAAAAAAGCAAAAAACACACC